AUGGCUACUAUUAUUAAAAAAUCUACCAAUAAUAUUUCUACUGAUAUUAAUGGUACUAUAAAAACUUCUAUUACAAAUGAUGAUAAUAUUAUACCACUCAAACAAUCUCAUAAUAAUAAAGAAAGUAUCAAUAUUACAAGUUCUGAUCCAAUUAUUGCAUGCGAUGCACUUCGUCAACAAAAUGAUGCACUUAGACAAGAACUUCAUGAUAUACGACGCGAAAUGGAUGAGAUUACAGAUCAAUUUCGUACAGAAGAUGCUGAAGAAUUUAAACAAUUACAAGCAGAACUUGAAGUGGCUGCUAAAAAUUGUCGAAUUCUUCAAUUUAAAUUACGUAAAGCAGAAAAACGUAAUGAAAAUACUGAAGCUGAAAAAGAUGUUUUAGAAGAAAAAAUUCAACAAAUUAUUCGCGAUAAUCAUCGUGUUCGUGAAUUAGAUGAAGAAUUACUUAUUGCAAAAGAAGUUAGUGUUCGAUUACAUGGUGAACUUGAACGAAGUGAAGAAUCAAGAAUACUAACUGAACAACUUAAUAAUUCACUCAAACAAAAUUUAGAUACACUUAAAGAAUCUCUUGAUGAGAAAUUAAAUCAAAAUACACAUGAUGAUUAUCAAUCAUGGCAAAUAUUUGUUUAUUUUUAUGAAUCAUUAUUUCGUGAACAUAUUCUUAUGGAAGAAUUAACAUGGUUAAAUGCGAAAAAUGCUAAUUCAAAAAAUUCUUCUAAUACAAAUAAAACUGAUCUAUCGGAUUUAAUGAAUUCAUAUCAACAAAAAAUUGUUAUUCUUAAUGAUGAAAUAUAUAAUCUUAAAAAUAAUAUGGAUGAACGAGAUAAAGAAAUAUCUCAAUUACGUAUACAAUGUAAAAUAUUAAAACAACGUAGUCAAAGUGUUGAUCGAAAUUCAAAUUCUUCAUUGGAUAAUGAAAAUAAUAUUAAUAAUCGAUCAAAACGUGGUAUGAGUGUUGAUGGUGGAGGAAAUUUACGUGAACAACUUGAUGCAUCAUUUGAUGAAAUUCGUUUAUUAAAAAAUAAAUUAUUAAGAUUAGAAGAUGAAUUAAAUAAUUCAGUUUUAGAAAAAGAAACAUUAUCAGUUAAACUUGAUCAACAAUCAAAACAAGGUCUCGAUGAUGUUAUUAGUAAAGAUUUACAAAUAUUUACAAAUAAAAUUGAAACUCUAACAACAUAUAUUAAAGAAAAUAAAACAGAUGAAAAAGCUGUAACUGAUUUACAACAUUUAUUACGUUCAACAAGAUGGAGCAAAGAAAUAACCGAAGAACAAGUUCCAAAUCAAUCAAAUAUUAGAAAAGCCACUCAACAAACAUCUGAAACUGUUCAACAAGCUAAAGAACUUUUUGAUCUUUUACAAAAUAAACUUACGAUUCUUGAUAAGAUUCGUUAUCGUUUAACAAAUUUAACGGUUGAUGCAAAUGAUACAUGCGGUUUAUUAGAAGAACUUGAUAUAACAAAAAAGAAUCUUGAUGAAAAACAAUUAAAACUUAAUCGUUUACAAAAAUCAUUUGAUAAUCUUCAAAGUUCAUCAAAACAAAUUGAAGAACAAUUACAUAUACAUAUUAAUAAAAAUCAAACAUUAGAAAAAACACUUGAACAUCAACGAAUAGUUAAUAAUGAAUUACAACAAGAAAAUACACGUUUAUCAACAUUAAAUGCAAAACAAUUACAAGAUUUAAAACAUGUUGAACAAUUACGUCAAUCAAUAUUAACAUUUGAAAAAAAACUUGAUCAAAAACAAACACGUGUUAAUGAAUUAUCAUUGAAAGUUAUUGAAAAAGAAGAUAUUAUCGAAACAAAAGUUAAAGAAUGUCAAAAACAUCGAUUAGAAUUACGUGAAUUAGAAUCAAAAUAUCAUACAUUAGGAAAACAAUUAGAAGAAGAAAUUAUAGCAAUGACAAAAGAAAUUGAAAAACUUAAUGUGGAAAAAGAAAUGCUUAGAUUUGAUUUGGAAUCUUUACGAUCAAAUCAACAACAUGAUCGUGCCGUACCAUUAAAAUCAACAAUUGAAGACGAAAUUACUCGUGUUAAAUCUGAAUGUCAUCAACAAAUAAUUGAUAGUGAAAUUGAAUCUUAUAAACUUCGUUUAAAUCAAUUGACCAAUGAAAAAGAUGAUUAUUUAAAAAUAAUAAAAGAACUCGAAAAGAAACUUAAAGAAUUACAAAAUAAAUAUGAUGCUGAUGAACAAUCAUGGACACGACAUAAAACUGAUAUAUCUGAUAAACAACGCAAAUAUGAUGAAAGUAUUAAAAUGAAAACUGAAUUACAAAAUGCUGUUGAUCGUCUUCGUCAGAAAUUAUAUGAUCUUGAAGUUCAUUCACAAGAAAAACAAAAUAAAUAUACUAUUGAUAAACAACAAUGGGAAAUUCAACGAGUUGAAUUAAAUGGGAAAAUUAAUGAAUUGGAAGAACAAUUAUCUAAAGUAACAAAACGUCAACGGAAAGAUCUUGAAACUGUUUGGAAAAAAGAACGAAAUGAUUUACAAAAACAACUACAAAUAUCUCAACAAACAUUAAAAGAUAUGCAAAAACAAAUAGCUAAUAGAGAAUCUCCUAGUCAUUUAACUGAAAAAAUAAAUGUAUUAAUGACAGAAAAUGAAUUAUUAUUAAAUAAAAUUCGUGAACUUGAAAAUAUUGUUGACGAUGUUCAAUUACUUAAAACAGAAAUGCAACGUUUACGUGAUAAAAAUUCUUCCGAUUGGAAUUAUUGGCGAAAACAACAAAGUGAUUUAUAUGCACAAUUACGUCAUCAUCAAUUUACUAAAGAAUCGAUAUUAAAUAAAUUUGAUAAAUUACAAAAACAGAUCAAAUUUGGCGAUGAUAAUGAACGUCAUAUUCGUGAUAUUAGUGUUGGUCCGAUAUCUCUGAAUAGUUUUCAUAAUGAAAUAACAACUAAAACAAGUUUAUCCACAUUUAGUCGUGAAACAUUAUGUGAUGAUAUUGAUCUUCCACAUGGAACUAUUGAUGGACAAAUAGUUAAUACAAAUGAAAUUGCUGGUACUAUUGAUGAUACAGGAGUAUUAACAAAAUCAAUUCAUGAUAAUUAUAAACAAGAAUUAUUUAAGAAAACGUAUUCUGCUCAAGAGAAUACUGCUGCAAGCCUUGAAGAAAUUGCAAUGAAAAUUGAUCGUGUCGAAGAUAAUCUAUUUUCUUAUCGACGUUUUAUGGAUUUUAUUCGAGCUAAAUCUGAAAAAAGUGCAUCAGUCGUACGUGAUGAUAGUUUUACGAAUAUUGUUAAUCAUACAUCAAAUACAACGAAUAAUAAACGAUUAGCUUCUGCUCCACCAGAAAAUGUUAAUCAAAUAUCACAACGUCGUUCUCGUUUUGAUGAUAAUGCAAAUACUAGUCAUGAACAUAUUCCAUCAUCAUCAUCUAACGAGCAUACAUCAAUCAAUUCCGUGAUAUCACCAACAACAAGUUCAAAAAAUCGAUUUUUUUCAUUAAGUCGUCGUUUUCGUUUUCGUACACAAUCACCAGAAAAAUCCCCAGCAACAUCAGCCACUGUUCAUUUUCUUGAUCAAGAUAUUGAUUUAGAAACAAAAGAACCAACAGUAAGAAAAUCAGAUAGACCAUCAAAAGGAAUAUUGAAAACAUUAAGACAUCGAUCACCAUUCCGUUUUCGUUCGAAAGAGACUGUUAUUAUCGAACAAGAUUCAUCAUCACCACCGCCACCAUCUCCUCCUCCGCCACCGCCUCCACCUGCACCUCCAUCAAAACCAAUAGAAACAAAAGAAAGUAAAGCAAAAUUACCACCACCAGUUGCAUCUAAACAGCGUGGUCGAUUAGUUGAAUUGAAAAAGACAACACCCAAAACAUCAGCAACCAAUGGUACACCGAAAAAACUUGUGAAUGUAACACCAAUUGUUGAUCCAUCAAGUUCAACAUUAGUACGACGUGCAUCAGGAUUAAAAGAUCUUAUUCAUAGAUUUGAAGCGACACCAUCAAAAUCAAAACGAGCUACAACUGAUAAUCCGUCCUCAACAGAAACAAAUCAAGAUGAUCAAUCUUUAACUCAUGAUCCUUCAAAUGAUGAACAACAACAACAACAAACUUCAGCUAAUAAAUCAAAAACAAUUGAUAUUCCUGAUCUAUUACAAAAUGUUGAAAAAGAACCAAUAUCAACAUCAACAAAACCAAUUCUAAGACAUUCAAAUUCAUGUAAACAAACAACAUCAUUUGAUUCAAUAGCAAGUAUGGUUAGUGCAAGUGACUCUAUAACUACAACGGGUAGUGCACGAAAACCUACAUCAACAGCACGUCCUUUAAUGCUUUCUGUUAAUAAAGAAGAGUCAACGUAA